AUGGAGACUUCACAACAGGGCAAAAUAGAUCGUGUGGUCGAAUUCACGGGUCUCGACCCUAUGGGCGAUCGUGAGCUGAUUCUUCAAGCUCUGAAGCAAAGUAACUGGGAACCCGAGAAUGUUGUCGGCCAAUUCUACGAAAACGAACAAAGCCUUUGGGACGAUUCUAUGUUCACCGCAGAUCGAGACGGCAACGACAAUACGACUGCCUUCCAUGUCGAGUCUUCCGAUCACAACGUCAUUCAAGGCGUAACUCCCCCGUCAGAGUCGCACGCGUACGGCGCUCCUUCGAGACCUCCUUCACGAUCAAACAAUCGAUCUCCCUUGGGUACGAUGGUGGACUGGACUGCGGCACAUGUGCCCGGUAACUCUCUUCGUCACCCCAACGAAUAUACGCUAACCAGGGUACACACAGGCGUUCCCGAGAGCCAAGCCCAAGAGGACGAUGACAUGCAACGAGCUAUUCGUGAGUCAGCACAAGAAGCUGGACUACCGGUGUCACAUCACGAGUCCGGUAUUAUAGGAACGUCGGAGCCACCGCGUCCUCACUUUGGUCCUGCAAACCGCGAAACAUAUGUGGCGGCCGAUUGGGCCAUUGUCCCAUCCGAUCCUACGAGGGAGAGGACCGUAAAUGAAUUUACACCGUCAACGCGAAAGAGAGCUCCAGGCGCGCCCGCGAUGUUGGUAAUCAGCAGUGUGCAAGGUGGUGAACAUCGCCUCGGCGGGCUUCUCACAAUUCUGCAUAAAAUUCCUCUUGCGCGGAACAUACUCCUCGGCAUUGGAUCGCCUGCUACCACAUACGGCUGUAAUAAUGACUGGUGGCGAGGACAGAUCAUUCUAUCACCGGAGGUUUUGGCAAAAAUGGCUGAAGAAGGCAGCUCAGACCCCAAUCUGCACAAGAGCGGCAGUGCAUUUGAGGACGAAGUGCACCGAUUGAUGGCGUUUCUUGACUCUACUGAACGUGGUUAUGGCUCUAUAUCUGUUCUGGCUGAUAUUUUGGCGGACUCCGACACACAGGGCGUGGAGAAACAAUUCUAUGAGGCGCUCGGCAAAAGACACGCUGAUGUUGUCCAGCCAAUGAUGCAAGUUGCUGGAGUGUCGUUAUUUUACGGAGAUGUUGAAGAAGAAGUCGCAAUCUUUGGCCUUCUCGAGAUAGAGCACUUCCAACAUGAGUACAACUGCAUCAAAACUUUGUACGAGGCACUUGAUCACGUCAUGUGGAGUGAUACCGUGGGUUUGGAUAAAAUAGACGAUGGGGCGAAGAUGGCAUUUUUCAAAGAGAUGGGCGAUAUUUUGGUGUUAGAUACCACUGGUGAUGGGCCAAGCGAUUCUUUCGAAAUCCCCUUGGAAUUCUACCCAGAAAAAUACCUCAUUAGCCGGAAAGAGGAGGCACGUCGAAUCCAGCAAGGGUGGUGCCAAACAAAGGAACAGAUGAAACUUCUUCAGGACAAGAAAGCCCAGCUUCUUAGCUUGGCGAACACUUGGGGUGGUGCAACCGAUGAUAAGGACACAGUUUUGAAAAAAGCGAUCGAUCAGUGGGACGGAUACAGGAGUUAUCUGGAAAACUUCCUCCGAUUCAAAACUUUGGAGAAGUCGGGGUUCGAUACGGAUAAGUACCCUGACUACCGUACUGCUCCUCCAGAUGUAGACGACAACGUGUAUCUGGAAUCUCAAAAGGUCACAGAUGUGAUGGACUAUUCGGAGAGUUUACUUGUGGACCUUGAGACAAAGAUGAAAGGCCUCGAUGUAGAACUCGAACAGAUCACAGCCAAACAGCGAGCGUUGGGGAAACUUCUUACAGUACCGGAUAAACCAAGUCGUCCGAAACCCAUGACCUGCAAAAGGUAUCUCCUCCGCGGACUAGUUGCAUCGCCUACCGUCUUAUAUGUCUGCCAACGGGAGGAAGCAGAUCUGAUAGAUCUUAAUGACGAGGAGACCAAACCAAGAGAUCAAUGGUGGAGGCUGGCUUAUACCCCUUAUUCCGGAGACGAGCCCGUUAGAGCCGAGAAAACAACUGUCGACGCAGUAUUGGUCGAUGUCUGGAACGAUACCAAGAAACCAAUGCUGAUAUACGCAACGGAAGACGCCCUUGGGACGCCCAAAGACCAUCUAUCAUCCCAACUGGAACGAUUUAUCAAAAUGGAAAAUAAAGCUUUCCGUCAAGAGUUAUCUAAGGAAGAAUCCACGGCCAGCGAGUCCAAGCAGACCGGUAAUUUUGAGUCUAGCUCGUUUCUCUCGCCUCAUUCGUCAUUUUCGCCUUCUAAGAGAAAGCAUCGGUCUGAUAGCAGUGGUUCGAUGGACAGCAAUCGUGCCUCGAUUGGCAGUGACGAUGAUAGAAACGGAUUCGACAACCCUUUCCUCCCUGAUGACGACCAAAGAGUCGGUACUGAAAUGUCGGAUUACGUCCAUAGCUUCACUGCUAUGGAAGGUCACAUCCCAGAUUCACUAACAGGCCGUAUUCAGGGUUCAACAGCUCCGACAGAGCCCACAUCAGCCACCAUGACACCGAGCACAGUAACAGCCGACUACUCAGACACCAACACUGCUUUUGCUGCGGAGGAGCCUCGAAGUCCUGAAAUGCAAGAGAAGGCUAGGCCGCCUCCUUUUAUGUCAUUGUCGAGGAACCCAUCAAUGCGAGCGGAAUCACCCAAUUUGAUGGACAUGGACAUCCCAGAUGAGAAACAUUAG